GGAGAAAGUUGUUGAAGUUGAGCUGGUGUGGAGCCUCCGGUAACACUUGCUACUUCCUCUCUUCUCUGCUGCCGUUGAAUCCUCCUGCAGCGCAUGAGCACAGCCGUGCUUCAUGCUGAUGUGAGCGCCGCCUCGCUCCUUCUUUGUUCGCCACCCUCUCCUUCCUCUCAGCCACGUGAGCCUCACCACUGCCUCCAGGGAUGUGUGAUAACGGAGAUCCCGAGGAUAAACCUCCCGCCCCCCCGGUCAGGAUGAGCAGCACCAUCUUCAGCACCGGCUGGGGAAAAGACUCGCUCUCAGCCAUUCACAGCUCCAAACCUCUGCUGUCUGUGCCCGAGGAGAGGAAACCUCGCAACAAGAUCAUCUCAAUCUUCUCCGGGGCAGAAAAAGGUGGUAGAAAGAAAGAUCGAGACAAAGAACGACCAGAGAUCUCGCCACCAUCAGACUUUGAACACACCAUACAUGUUGGCUUCGAUGCUGUCACAGGAGAGUUCACUGGAAUGCCGGAGCAAUGGGCUCGACUACUGCAGACCUCAAACAUCACCAAGUCUGAGCAGAAGAAGAACCCACAGGCUGUGCUUGACGUUCUCAAGUUCUGUGGCUCAACGGGCAAUGGCCGCCAGAAGUACCUCAGCUUCUCCUCUUCAGGUGAGAACUUCAAAUUGGGCAUUAAGAAAGCAUCCGCACGCGGUGCACGGAAAAAACAGGCCAGACUUCGAAUCUCUGUACUCCCUGCGCCUGAGCUGCGCGUAUCAGUCGUGCGAGUCACGGCGCUCAUGCUGGCAGUCUGA